CUGUUUUUCUGUCUCGAAUCGGGAAGCCGCCGCAUCGCCUCUCGAGAAUCGGGAAGCCGCCGCAUCGCCGGAGCGCCGCUAUUGCACGCGUCUUGCCGCCUUCCCCUCCGCUCUUCUCGACGGUCGGCGGCCAGCCGGCAGCUGCCUACUUCUCCGUAGGUCGCCAUGGCAGCGGUCAUGUCUGCCGCCGCCUCCCCCCUCAAGUGGGUGACGCUGGAGCGCUUCGUCUUCCGCAUGGAUGAGGCCUUCCCGGACGAGAACAAGUUGCCCAUCAGGGCUUCCGGCAUCACCUGGUGGGAGGCACCCUUCGACGUCGCCUUCGAGCUCGCCGAGCCCCCGGCGAUCUCCCGCCUCUACGCGCGGCUGCCGGGCUUUCCGGAUCCCUUAAAACAGGUGCCCUUAGCCAUCCUGGCGAGCCACCAACAUCUCGUCCUGUUUCGCGUCUGUAUCGAGGACGAUACAUUUGAUUUGCGGCAGGAGCUCUUCAUCUACAGCGCCUCAGAUGCCGACGACCCUUCCAAACUCAAAGCACUGCCCGCUUGUAACUUGCCGGACAAGCCGUUAGUGGAUUAUUCCAUCGCGCCCAUCCGCGAUGGUCGCCGUGGCCGUCGCCGGCGCCGGCGCGCUGCUGCUGCUGCUGCUGCUCCUCCUCCUCCUCCUCCUCCUCCUAAGGAGCAGCGGCGGCGGCGUCUGAUGGCGGUCCGAUCCAUGGGCAUCUUGUGCCGAGACCAAGAGGAGUUCGUGGUAGCAGAACUACGACUUUUCAGGCCUGGCGGCACCAACUAUCUGCGCCGUGAUGUCUGUGCCGACAUCUUCUGGCUGCACCAACAAUCUAUACCCAGAUCUGGUGGCAUUUGCGGCGAAUGGAACUCCUGCCGCGUACCAAUCCGCAGCUUCUGCAAGAACCCUGACCCUGAUGAUAACUGGCAACUCUGCAUCUGGCAGACCGACACUGUCAUCCCUGUUGACCGCUGGCUGUGCUGGAUCGACUACUACCGUGGCAUCAUCUUCUGCGACGUGUUUGGAAAUCCCACCCCUACCGUCUCCUUCCUCCGCUUCCCUCUGGAUGAGUUUCCUAUCCGGGGCAAACCAUCCAGUUGGCUGUAUCGUGGCGCGUCUGACAUCGGUGGUGGAGAGCUCAAGUUCGUCGACGUUGCCCGCCAUGACGGCGUUGGCUAUGGGGCACUCAAAACCAGUGUUGGUGGCUUCACCAUCACCUGCCACACCCUCUCCUUAGAAUCCAUGGAGUGGGAGAAGGACUACACGAUCACCUCAAGGAGCUCUGGUCUGCAAACACCCCAAAGGACCUCCCACGCCACAUUCUCAUGUUCCCUCAGGUGGACAUCUACAGGCCACAUGUGGUGCACUUCCUUUGCUGUGACUAUGAGUACGUGAUGAUGAAGAUGUGGGUGGUCACCAUCAACAUGAGCACCAAGAUCGUGGAGUCAUGUUCUCAGUAUCUCAAUGGGUUUGCGGACCUUGACACUGAUAAGAUUGAGUUGACCCAAGUAAAGUCCGCAUGUCCCUUGCCCUUCCUCCCCUCCGAGUUCUCCAAGUUCCUCUCAAGACCCUGGGCGCCUGCCCCACGGAUGAUUACUAGACGUUUCGUUGCACCACCCUCUGCAGCAAGCUUCAUGACACGCGGUCUGGUAGAGGUCCUGUGAUUUGCCCAGGCACGAUUCAAGAGCUUGGUAUGCCACAGAUUUCAUGGGAGAAGAUUCAAGAGCUUGGUAUGCCACAUAUUGCAUGGGAGAAGGAUAUGGAUCGAGUCAUGUCUGCCUGCAUCACUUUCCUGCUAGCCUUGCCAACUCAUUUGGACAUGCCUUCCUGCCAACCAUUUUGCUUUCUUCUUCUGUAUAUCCGAUGGUUCCACAGGAAAGGCUUCUCGUGUUUCUCAAUAAAAUUUAAGGACCUAUUUCGUGUUGUGGACUAGGAAGGGAUCGUAUUUACUAUUUUUACGCUGUAUAUAUAAAUCGAUAAGACAUCAAGUUUGCGGCAUGUUCCGUGGGUUUUGUUAAAAAAUA